GACUCUCUUCUUCUCCCAAACCCCCAAAUCGAAAUCCGACGCGAAACAUUAUCGCCCUUCUUUUUCUUUCAUCUACCUAAUCUAUCAAUGAGAUUUCCCCCCCUACACUGUCUACCUUCGAGUCGUUCUCUGUUUCACCGUUAAUCUUACAUCUACCCAUCCAAGCUCACUAACUUUUUUUUUAUUGUAAUAAAAUCUUUCUCUUGCAUCCCUUCUACAGAACCAAUACGCGAGCAUGACGGACAAACUGCCACCAAAUCUCCUCGCGCUCUUCGCGCCACGACCACCUCUGCGAUGGGUACCUGCGCCCGACUUCCCUCCCGAGCAGCGAAAAACUCAUGUGAUCACUGGCCUUUCUGGAUAUCUUCCGGUUCUCUAUGCCUACAAGGACAACGAUGGAUAUCGACCCACCGAGAGCUGGCUGCAGAUGCGCGACAGGAAGAAGCUGGAGAAGAAGGUCCAACAAGAAAAUAUAUUAACUGAAGGCCCAGUACACUAUAAACCUAAUGACGACCCUAACAUACGCGGUGAUCCUUUCAAGACCUUGAUUGUCGCUCGUCUUAGCUAUGAUGCCAACGAACAUGACCUCGAGAAGGAAUUCGGGCGCUUUGGCCCCGUCGAACGCAUCCGUAUCAUUACUGAUACCCAUGCAAGCGAAAAGCCGAACAAGAAGAAGAAGCCCCAUCGAGGAUAUGCUUUUGUUGUUUUUGAACGUGAGAAAGACAUGAGAGGUAAUGCUGCCAUUGAUUUUUUCCCAGAAUAUCCAUCUCGAACCCUAGGAUCUGCUUCGCCCAUGUCUUUCAUACGAGAUUUGGCCCUCAAGCAUGCCGAUCUCUUCCCCUUCCCCUUCUAUUCCCCUUCUUCCCCCCUUUUUUCUAUCGAGAUGAGGUAUGAAAUAAUUGGUAAGGCUUUACUAACAAACGCGCGUUGAUGCGCACGUGUGACUAGCUGCUUUGGAUGGUUGCGACGGUAUCCGCAUUAGGGACCGUCGAAUUAAGGUCGACGUUGAAAGAGGCCGAACAGUUAAGGGCUGGAAGCCUCGCCGGUUUGGUGGUG